GGGGGGUGGGAGGCCGGCAAGCCCCCUCGCGUCAGUACGGCGGCUGUGAGGGCGAGCGCGAGCCAGGGCUCCUCCCCUCCCUUUCCCCCCCCCUCCCCCCGCGCCCGCCCGCCAGACGGUGGCUGAGGAGGUAGCGGGAGGGGAUGGUGCGUCUGGCGGAGGCGGUGGCGGACGCCGCUCCGGCUCCUCCAUCCCCCCCGCCGUCGCCAUGGGUGUGAGCAGGGCCCCCCGGCCCGCGCAGAUAUGAGGCCAGCUAAGAACCAAUGAUAUCCAUGCUGGAGUUGCAUUGGAUAAGUACCUAUUAACAAGCUAAAAGUGACUGAACCAUGGCUCAGUUUCCAACACCUUUUGGGGGCAACCUGGAUAUCUGGGCUAUUACUGUGGAGGAGAGAGCUAAACAUGAUCAACAGUUCCAUAGUCUGAAACCAACAUCUGGAUUUAUCACUGGUGAUCAAGCUAGAAACUUUUUUUUUCAAUCUGGGUUACCUCAGCCGGUGUUAGCACAGAUAUGGGCUCUAGCCGACAUGAACAAUGAUGGGAGGAUGGAUCAGUUGGAGUUUUCAAUAGCUAUGAAACUUAUCAAACUAAAACUACAAGGUUAUCAACUCCCAUCUGCACUGCCUCCUGUCAUGAAGCAACCACCUAUUGCUCUGCCUAGUGCACCAGGGUUUGGUAUUGGGGGCAUUGCCAGCAUGCCAUCUCUUUCAGCUGUUGCCCCAGUACCAAUGGCAUCCAUUCCAGUAGUAGGAAUGUCUCCACCAUUAGUAUCUUCUGUUCCUGCGGCAGCAGUGCCCCCCUUGGCUAACGGAGCUCCUGCUGUUAUACAACCUCUGCCUGCUUUCGCUCAUCCUGCCACAUUGCCAAAGAGCUCUUCCUUUAGUAGAUCUGGUCCAGGAUCACAGUUAAACACAAAACUGCAAAAGGCACAAUCAUUUGAUGUGGCUAGCAUGCCUCCUGUGGCAGAAUGGGCUGUACCUCAGUCAUCAAGACUGAAAUACAGACAGCUGUUCAAUAGCCAUGAUAAAACAAUGAGUGGACAUUUAACAGGUCCACAAGCAAGAACUAUCCUUAUGCAAUCAAGUUUACCCCAGGCUCAGUUGGCUACAAUAUGGAAUCUUUCAGAUAUUGAUCAAGAUGGAAAACUUACAGCAGAAGAGUUUAUUCUGGCUAUGCACUUAAUUGAUGUAGCUAUGUCUGGUCAGCCAUUGCCACCUGUACUGCCUCCAGAGUAUAUUCCACCUUCAUUUAGAAGAGUACGCUCUGGUAGUGGCAUAUCAGCUGUAAGUUCAGUAUCUGUAGACCAAAGGUUACCAGAAGAACCAGCUUUAGAAGAAGAGCAGCAGCAACUGGAAAAGAAAUUGCCAGUCACAUUUGAAGAUAAAAAACGUGAGAACUUUGAACGUGGCAAUCUAGAACUUGAAAAACGGAGGCAGGCUCUCCUGGAACAGCAACGCAAAGAACAAGAGCGUCUAGCACAGCUGGAACGGGCAGAGCAGGAAAGGAAAGAACGUGAGCGACAGGAGCAAGAACGUAAAAGACAACUGGAACUAGAGAAACAAUUGGAAAAACAACGGGAAUUGGAACGGCAGAGAGAAGAGGAAAGGAGGAAAGAAAUAGAAAGACGAGAGGCUGCAAAAAGGGAACUUGAAAGGCAAAGACAACUUGAGUGGGAACGUAAUCGUCGGCAAGAACUACUAAAUCAAAGAAACAAAGAGCAAGAGGACAUAGUGGUUCUGAAGGCAAAGAAGAAGACCUUAGAAUUUGAGCUGGAGGCUCUAAAUGAUAAAAAAAAUCAGUUGGAGGGAAAGCUUCAAGAUAUCAGGUGUCGGCUGUCUACCCAAAGACAAGAAAUUGAGAGUACAAACAAAUCUAGAGAACUGAGAAUUGCAGAAAUUACCCAUUUGCAACAGCAGCUACAGGAAUCUCAGCAGAUGCUUGGAAGGUUGAUUCCAGAAAAGCAAUUACUCAAUGACCAACUAAAGCAAGUUCAACAGAACAGUUUGCAUAGAGAUUCUCUUCUUACUAUCAAACGAGCCUUAGAAGCCAAGGAACUUGCCCGUCAACAGCUUCGAGACCAGCUAGAUGAAGUAGAAAAAGAAACCAGAUCUAAACUUCAAGAAAUUGAUAUUUUCAAUAAUCAACUGAAGGAGCUGAGAGAAAUACAUAACAAACAACAACUACAGAAACAAAAAAGCUUGGAAGCUGAGAGGUUGAAGCAGAAGGAACAAGAAAGGAAAACAGUAGAACUGGAAAAGCAAAAAGAAGCUCAAAGGCGAAUCCAGGAGAGGGAUAAACAGCGGCUUGAUAGAAUGCAACAAGAAGAAGAGCUUCAGCGACAAAAAAAAAAUCAGGAAGAUGAAAAGCAAAAAAGGGAAGAAAUAACCAAGAAGAAGGAAAGUGAGGAUAAGGGGAAACAGGAAAUGCAAGAAAAACUGAGUAAGCUUUUCCAACCACAUCAAGAGCCAAUCAAGCCAGCUGUCCAGGCUCCUUGGUCAAAUGCAGAAAAAGCUCCUUUAAGCAUUUCUGCUCAGGAGGAUGUAAAAAUAGUAUAUUAUAGAGCAUUGUAUCCUUUUGAAUCGAGAAGCCAUGAUGAAAUCACUAUUCAGCCUGGCGACAUAGUCAUGGUGGAUGAAAGCCAGACUGGAGAACCAGGGUGGCUUGGCGGAGAAUUGAAGGGAAAAACUGGAUGGUUCCCUGCAAACUAUGCAGAGAAAAUACCUGAAAAUGAAGUUCCAGCUUCUGUAAAACCAGCAGUUGAGGCUGCUGCUGCACCUAAAGUUUCUGUGCAUGAAACACCUACAUCACUAGCAACUCCUGCUUCUACAGAUUCUACUACAACUGCCAAUAACUGGGCAGACUUCAGUUCAACAUGGCCAACAAACACUAGUGAGAAACCAGAGACUGAUAACUGGGACGCCUGGGCAGCCCAGCCAUCUUUGACUGUCCCCAGUGCAGGGCAACUACGGCAGAGAUCAGCGUUUACUCCUGCCACCGUUACAGGAUCAUCUCCCUCUCCUGUCUUGGGUCAGGGUGAGAAAGUGGAGGGGCUUCAAGCACAGGCUUUGUAUCCUUGGAGAGCGAAGAAAGACAACCACCUUAAUUUCAACAAAAAUGAUAUCAUCACAGUUUUGGAGCAGCAAGAUAUGUGGUGGUUUGGAGAGGUUCAAGGACAAAAGGGAUGGUUUCCUAAAUCAUAUGUGAAGCUUAUUUCAGGCCCCAUUAGGAAGUCAAUGAGCAUGGAUUCUGGUUCUUCAGAUAGUCCAGCUAGUCUGAAAAGGGUCGCAUCACCAGCAACAAAACAAGCUGUGUCAGGUGAAGAGUAUGUUGCUAUGUACACUUACGAGAGCUCUGAACAAGGAGACCUGACCUUUCAGCAAGGUGAUAUGAUUCUUGUGACAAAGAAAGAUGGCGACUGGUGGACAGGAACACUGGGUGAUAAAUCAGGAGUUUUCCCAUCUAAUUAUGUGAGACUUAAAGAUUCUGAGGCUCCUGGAGCAGCUGGAAAAACGGGAAGCUUAGGGAAGAAACCUGAAAUUGCCCAAGUUAUUGCCUCUUACACAGCAACGGGUCCAGAACAGCUUACUCUUGCUCCUGGUCAGUUGAUUCUUAUCAGAAAGAAGAAUCCAGGUGGCUGGUGGGAAGGAGAGCUCCAAGCACGAGGGAAAAAACGGCAGAUAGGAUGGUUCCCUGCUAAUUAUGUAAAACUUCUGAGCCCUGGUACCAGUAAAACUACGCCAACUGAGCUACCUAAAUCAACAGCAUUACCUUCAGUGUGCCAAGUAAUUGGCAUGUAUGACUACACUGCGCAGAAUGACGAUGAGCUGGCGUUCAAUAAAGGCCAGAUUAUAAAUGUCCUCAAUAAGGAAGACCCAGACUGGUGGAAGGGGGAGGUGAACGGACAAGUGGGUCUCUUCCCAUCCAACUACGUGAAGCUGACAACAGACAUGGACCCAAGCCAGCAAUGGUGUGCAGACUUGCAUCUUCUGGAUAUGCUGACACCUACCGAAAGAAAAAGGCAGGGAUACAUCCAUGAACUCAUUGUCACCGAAGAGAACUAUGUGAAUGAUCUGCAGUUGGUCACGGAGAUCUUCCAGAAACCACUAAUGGAAUCUGAGCUGCUAACAGAAAAAGAAGUUGCUAUGAUUUUUGUUAAUUGGAAGGAGCUGAUUAUGUGCAAUAUUAAACUACUGAAGGCAUUGCGUGUGCGUAAGAAGAUGUCGGGAGAGAAGAUGCCAGUGAAAAUGAUUGGUGACAUCCUGACAGCUCAGCUGCCCCACAUGCAGCCUUACAUUCGAUUCUGUAGCUGCCAGCUCAAUGGGGCAGCCCUCAUCCAGCAGAAAACAGAUGAAGUCCCAGAGUUCAAGGAGUUUGUUAAAAGGUUAGCAAUGGAUCCUCGCUGUAAAGGAAUGCCACUAUCAAGUUUUCUACUAAAGCCUAUGCAACGGGUAACAAGAUACCCACUAAUAAUUAAAAAUAUAAUAGAAAACACUCCUGAAAACCACCCAGACCAUAGUCAUUUGAAGCAUGCUCUUGAGAAAGCAGAAGAAUUAUGUUCUCAAGUAAAUGAAGGAGUGCGGGAAAAGGAAAAUUCAGAUAGGCUGGAGUGGAUCCAGGCUCAUGUUCAGUGUGAAGGCCUGUCUGAGCAACUCGUAUUUAAUUCUGUUACAAACUGCUUGGGACCACGCAAGUUUCUGCACAGUGGGAAACUCUAUAAAGCCAAGAGUAACAAGGAACUGUAUGGCUUUCUGUUCAACGAUUUCCUCCUCCUGACUCAGAUCAUAAAACCUCUUGGCUCUUCUGGCAUGGACAAGGUCUUCAGCCCCAAAUCUAAUCUUCAGUAUAAAAUGUACAAAACUCCCAUUUUUCUAAAUGAGGUACUAGUAAAAUUACCCACAGACCCCUCUGGAGAUGAGCCCAUCUUCCAUAUCUCCCACAUUGAUAGAGUCUAUACACUUCGGGCUGAAAGCAUUAAUGAGAGGACUGCCUGGGUUCAGAAAAUUAAAGCUGCUUCAGAACUGUACAUAGAGACUGAAAAGAAGAAGAGGGAAAAGGCCUACUUAGUUCGCUCACAAAGAGCAACAGGCAUUGGGAGGUUGAUGGUGAAUAUUGUUGAAGGCAUUGAACUAAAACCUUGCAGAUCCCAUGGAAAGAGUAACCCAUACUGUGAGGUGACCAUGGGCUCUCAAUGCCACAUUACCAAGACGAUACAGGACACCCUCAAUCCAAAGUGGAACUCCAACUGCCAGUUCUUUAUCAAAGACCUCGAGCAGGACGUACUCUGCAUUACAGUGUUCGAGAGGGACCAGUUUUCCCCAGAUGACUUUUUGGGCAGAACAGAGAUCCGUGUGGCAGACAUUAAGAAGGAUCAGGGUUCAAAGGGACCAGUUACAAAGUGUCUCCUUCUGCAUGAAGUCCCAACAGGAGAGAUAGUCGUCCGACUAGACCUGCAAUUGUUUGAUGAGCCUUAGAGGGAAAGGGACCAAUGUUUUAUUUCAGUCUGAGUUCACUGCAAUAGGUGUCUGCAGAAGCUGUCACAAAAUCCUUAUUCGUUUGGUAUGAAACUACUGCUUGCCCUUCACACGUAAGAGGGUUAUCAAAGCAAACAGGAGCAUUUUUGUGCCUUGAUAAUUCUCGCUGGAAAAUGAAUCCCAAUUUUGUGAGGAAACCUCCCUCAAUUUCUCUAUGUGGAACUUGACAUUAGUUUCCUGGGUUUGUGAAAUAACCUAGUUGUUCAUUUCGCUCCAGUCUGAGAGGCUGACAGACCACAUAGGUUGCUGUGCUUGCUCCAGUUACCCUGCUCUUUAAUUUACAUGAAGAGGGCAAUGUUGGUAUGUUUGGAUACUUUCUGCAGAUUUUCCCCCUUAGGAAUUUUGUGCCUAUUGCUCAGCAAAGUGGUGUGUAGAUGUUAUAUGAAUUGAAUGAGCAGUUAUGCAGUAAGAAGAUCUUUGAUUGACCUGAAGACCUUCAUGGUGGCGCUGAAAAGACUUAGAAAAUAAAUAAUAAUCUAUAUCUAUAAACAGAGAAGAUUUUAUUAGCGUACCACUUCAUGACUCACUUUGCCCCUGAAAAUAAAUUUUGUACAGGCCUUCUGCACAGAGAUGAAUUGCACUCUAGAAGAGUCCCCCCACUCGGUACCUUUGGAAGUUGCUAUUUUCUGUAGGAUCGUAAAUGUUUGAACAGAAAGUGAAGGUGAAUGUACAGCCCUGCUGAAUGUUGUGCUAUACCACUUCAAUACUACUUUACUACUGCUGCUUAACUGUGUGAAUGCAGAUGAAUGAUCUGUCACCUGCAGUGGGGAAGAAAAAAAUCACGGCUCUAGCUCAGGAAGCUAAUUUCUACCCUGCUGUAUCUAAUUUGCAGAGCAAUCAGUGGUGAUCAGUUAUUAAAUUGUACCAUGCGUAAAUGUAUUUGACAUCAUGUUACUGAAUUCAGGGCAGUAGCAUACUGUAGCUCACAAAGGUGUUUGUCGCAAGCCAAGUUGAUCAUAAGUUUGGUGGCCAUGGUAUCGGACGUGACCAGAAGGAGAAUCGUUGUGAUUGUGCAGAGUGGGUAACCCCAAAGUAAAAGCCUUGUCAUCUUGGGGAAUGCUGGGGUUUAUGUAUGCAUUUAACUCUAGGUGUGCGUAUGUGCGUGCGCACACACACACACACGCACACAGACACAUAUAGGCCCACAUCCCACAAACUUUCCGUGUUUGGCAAAGCACCCAGCUUUAAGUGUGCACUGAUGUCUUGGUUUCCCUUAAGCACAUGUGUAAGUGCUUUGCUGAGUCUGGACCUAAGAGAGAGUAGACCCGUAGGAGUAAAAUUCAUCUUUGUUUUGCUUGGAUUCAUUUGGCUCAUUACCUAUCAUGCAUACACUGGUAUUUUUGUAAUGACUUUCUUUCCAAAUGGGAGGUAUCAACCUGUUUCAUUAGCAUGUGAAUGUUCUUGUGGAGCCUGUUGUUAGGUUUUGAUGUUCCUUGCAUGUCCUUUCAGUACUGGUUGCCACCUUUCCUGUAUAGGCGGUGUUCUAACACUACAAGUCUUAUUGAUUUCCAUUAGGAAAUUAGGAUAUCUUCAUAACUGAUAGCUAGAUACAGUAUGGUGAUAAGUGUAAACUGUGCUGGGAAGUGUCUGUAUUAUAAUUUCCUACAAGACCACUAUAAUGUUUCAAGCAAUUGGAAAAAAAUGUAUGUUGGAGGGACAACAAAGUUUACAUUUCAUACUUUUCAGAAUCGCUUUAUUAUUUAUUUAUUGAAGAUAGUGUAGAAUUUUGUAUCAGAAAUGACAGACAUACUUAUGUAUUUUUUGAACAAAACAGAGAUACACACUUUAGUUAGAAACUUUCAACUGACACAUUUUAGAGGGAGUUUAACUUCCAAGGCAUGCAUUUGUUUACCACUAACUGGCUGAAAACACAAUUAAGAGAACUUUAAGUUUCUAUUUUUCAAUGUUGUUAAGAAAAUUGUUUUGAUUAAAAUAUGUAAAUAGUACUAAACCCAUGCUUUCCUAAUUCCAUAUCAAUCCAUUUUAUUAAAUAUAAUGUAUAUGAAAAUACACAUUGUUAUGGUAGGAUAAAAAGUGAUAAAAUCUAUUAAUGGAGUAACAUUAAAUGUUAUUGUCUAACCUUUUAUUGCUGUCGUAAUUUUCCUCAGUAGCUGUAAAUAUGGUGACCAUUAAUUUCAGUGUUUAAAAAGUAGCAUCACUUUUAAGGUAUCAUUUCACCAGCACAUUUGUCCCUGUUCAGGAAUCUCACGGUCUUGCACACUGUUUUGCAUUGACUCAGUGGCUGCCCGGAUGACAGUUGUCUGCUCUCCUGCCCACCAAAGCUGCAUAGAUCUCACAAGCAUCCGGGACUUUAUGCUCCAGAAGUCCUUUUCAUGAGAGAGAGGCUUGUUAGCUGCAUUUGUGCUAGCGCUUUUGUACAGAAAACAGCAUGCUCUCGUAGGCCUGUUUAAAUACGGCCUGUGUUCUGAUGAGUUUGGGGGAGAGCGAGCCAUUCAGCAGCAAGUGUGCUAGGAAGUUCAGUGUCUUUUGGUGUGUGUACAAAGUCAGCUGGUGUUACCAGAGUGUGCAGAGGUCGAGCUAUGCUCUUUCGAGCGUCCUCUUCGGGCUGUCAGGACAAACCCUGCUAGUCUGUGCUACUGUUGUCUUAAUACCUGUGUUUGUGGAGACCCUCUAAUUCAGACUCUUGGUUAUGUAUCUCUGAAUAUAUCAGGAAAAUCACACACCUUAGAACACAACCCCCUUUCCAGCCCCAUCCAGUUGUGUGUAAACUUUUCCCAAUGCUAUGCCCAAUGACAAAACUCUAAGCCCAGGUGAUACUUGAUUAUAUUUUGGUUUGAAAGAGCCAUUAGCAAUCCAUCUGGAUAAGUAUCCCCCAUUAAAAUUACAGAGGCUUGCAAAUCUGUAUGUGGCAGAGUUUUGGGAUGGGCUGUCUUGAUCUGCCUUUAUUCUCCUGUGGGUAAAACUCAUCCUGGUACACAUCCUGGUGAGCACAAGAUCCAUCCACUAAGAGUUCUCGAAAUGAGGCACUGAUGAGGCUGAACUGGCACAUGGGCCACUUGGGCUGGCUCUCAGGAUAGGAAGUUUCCGCCUUUUACCAGGCUGUACUUUACUGGAGAAGAAUAUUUGCUUACAAGUAAUUCUUCAGCAUCAAACUCCUUGGCUGGUAUUCAAGCCUUUCUAAAAAUAUUGCUGUGACUUUUUAAUGCAUUUACUACCUUCAUUGAAACAGUGAUCUUGCUUUCGAUAAACCAGGAGAAAAAGAAAGCCCAGGAAAAGAGAUGGCAAAAUCUGCAGCUGUGAGAAAACAUGCAAUGGAAAAAAAAAUGCACUGGUAGCUAGGUUUCCAAGCUGUAGUUCUGUGAAUUGCAUUCUCCCACUAUGUAUAUUAAUUUUAACAAGGAGAAGGAUGUUUCUGUCUAGUGCUUCUUUGAUUCUAAGUCUUGUAGCAGAACCGAGUUAUUGGGUCAGAAACUGGAAGGGAACAACAAAAUUUUUAGAAAUGAUUAAUAUGGAGGUAAGGUUUGAAGAUGGAGGUAGCUGGGGACAGGCAGAAUGCCAACGCUAUUGUGGUUGCAGGCAGGAUAGGAUAUCUAAGAAAAAUGAAAGGAAUUUUUUUUUGAUUAGUUUAAAAUCAGAUCCACUGUAUCACAGCAGAACUUCAAUUAUCCAGGACCAUAAGAACCCGUAAUAACAUUAACAACAAGAAUAACAGUGAUUAAUAAUGAACCAUGCAUUUGUUCUCUUCCAGGAAGGUGUUACAGGUAAAGCCACACGGGAUUUAAUGCGGCUCUGUAUUUAUGCAGGAAUUUGUGUGCACUUCUUUAUAGAAGUUGGGCUUUCGGGUGUUUUUAACAGCCCUCAUGCUCACCUUUCCAGGCAUUCCCUUUUGAGAUGCAUCUCUGUGGUGCUUGGCACUGUGGUGCAAGGUGCUUUCGCAAAGAUUUCAUGGACAUGUCAAUGUUGCUGUCAGGCUCUUUGCUUUCCUGGUGUGAUCCAGACAGCUCUCAUGAACAUCCAGGAGAUACACAGGUACAUGCCUUUUUUCCAAGCUGCAGUUCUGGGAAUUGCAUUCUUUCCUUUCGUAGAUUAAUUUUAGCAAGGAGAAUGGUAUUUCUCCCUGGUGCAUCAAUGUGCCAGUUUUCUGUUUCUCAGAGAAUUUGCUUCCCCAAGGUGUAGCUGUACGAGCUAUUUGCCAGCAAUGUUGCUAUACAUUGGCAGGGUGGCCAUCUGUCCCUUCACCUGUGCCUUUCACUCAUUUAGGAUCUGUCCACCCCUGGAGACACUGGGAAGGCUCUUUUCGACUCCUGUAAGAAUCAGCCUGGUCUUGAGGAUCUGCCUCAAGAGCAAGCAGUUUUCUCCCUGCGGACAGGAAUUAACCCUUCAGAGAUGCCAUGUAGACUCCAUUUCAUCACUGUUAGGGUUGCAGUUCAAGUUGGACACCACCCCAGUCUCCCUCACCCUCAGCCUCCAGCCAGUACCCGGCCAUCAUGCCUCUCCUCACCGUAUUGCUCUGCUGCUGUCCCAUUAGGUUUUUCUUCCUCCUGGGAGUAAUCUAGUGCUCCUGCCCUGGAGUGAAGCACCUUGGAAAGCCUCAAGCUUUCCUCCCCUUGAGCCCCCUCUGAAGCUCAGCUUUGUGCAGCAGGGCUGUUCUCGGGACUCCUUCCUUGGCUUCUCCCUCCCAGCUCACCUGGCAGCUCAGCACAGGCUCUCACACCCUGGUAGCCCCUGACUCAGCAGAGCACGUCGGCAGGCGCCUAACUUGAAUUUGCGGCCCUGUUCAGGCGUGUUUAAAGCUAGCCAUAUGCCUGCAUGCUUUGCGGGAGGUACGUGGCUGAAUUUGAAAACUGGGUGGCUUCGAUAAUUUAGCGCCCACGUUAUGAUAUUGGUUUGAACUCUUUAAGGAUCGGAAGAUUGAGCCAGAUGUAACCAGAGCAUCGAACAAAAAAUUAAAGCUUAAAAUUAAAAUAUAGAAGUAGUUCAUUUUCUUUGCAGCUGGAUCCGUUUUCCUCCUUGCUUCCCCGAAAGUGAAUGGUCUUUGGGUUAGAGCCAGUGAACGCUCCAGAAGUGCGCUUAUUGGGCAAAUCAUAAUUCAUAUACUUACAGAUUGCAACACCUUAGGAAAUGCUAUAAAAUAUCAAACAGUCUGUUGACCUUGGCCUCAGACAUACCAAGUGUCUUGCCAAGUUUAGUGCUGGUAGAAAGCCAGUCUGUAAAGCCCUGAGAGGUUGCAUGCGGUUGGUGACUUGGGCACCUUGAAAGACAGAGCAUGUCACUGAGCUGACACUAAGCCAAAUGACUGAUAAAUUACAGAACGUUUUUCUAGAUGCACUUAUUAUAUUUUUUCUCAAUAUUAGUUUUUAUGAGGGAACUUUUUAAAUGUUCAUUUUACAAUUUUUUUACCCUUAAAAAAAAAAAAAACACUUUUUGUUACAUGUUAGUAGGGUUGGGGGAGGACAUUGUGGAUACUGAAGUUUUUGUAAUAUUAUUAAGUAAGUACAUUUUCAAAACUAAGCUGUCACAAGUCUAAGCUUUUUACUGCAGCAGUGGCAGCUACUUUCAUACUGCUCUGUUCGCCACUGUGGUAUUUCAGUUAAUUCAAAUUCAGCAGUCAAAACCCUUGAAACACAAAAAAGCUGGGAAUCAGGUUACGUCAACUUAUCUUCGAGGGGUUUGCUCUAUAUGUACAUUCCACAUAUAUCCCGGUGUUUGUUUUGCCCAAACACCCUAUGUCCUACAUGCAUAUCAAUGUAUCUAUAGGUAAAUAUGAGCUUAUAUAUAUAGAUAUAUAUAUGAUUAUUUGUAUAUAUGAUAUAAAAACACAGCUAUGUUGUUUUUGUCAAAUACUGAGUAAAUCUAACAGAAAAAACAUUUAUAGGCCCACAGUUUUGUUUAUUCAUUUAAAUAUUUUAAAAUAGGGACCAUCCUUGGGAAAUUAUUUUUCUGUAUAUAUGAGGAUAUAUUUAGGACCUAAUUUAAAUGAAUUAAAAAUUGCAGUAGGACAAUGUUAAAGUAGCCUAGUCACUUGAUGUAGUUGUCAGAGAAGGUUCUGCUGUGACCGUAGGUGAAUUCCUUGUGCAGCUCUUACAGCUGCAAAAUGUUGUUUUUUAAAAUGCUGGAUUUAGCAUUUGAUUCUGGGAUCUUAAAAUGUCAUGGAAGUAAAGGAAAUUGUUACUUCAUCUGUGAACUUAUAGCAGACAGCAGCUAUUGAAUGUUGCAGUGAAUGCAAAUUAAAAUAGAAGAUUUGGGUGCAUGAGAGUAAGGGAAAAGGGGAAGAAAUAAGAGCUUGGUGUCCUGCAGGUCAAGCUGCCCAAACCUGGCUGGUGCAGGCUGGGCUUUCCCAGCAGGGUUGGUCACUUGUUUUCGCAUCUGCCCCGUCAUCCUUGUAAAAGAUGUCUACAGGCCCGCAAGGCACGAAACCCGGAUUUUCAAGGCAGGAGGGCAAAGGGACGCCUGUGCUUCAGCCAGCAAGAAACGGGUGAGAAAGCGCCCUUCUCUUGCAAACACAAAGCGCGCCCACAUUGCGGUGGCCUUCCUCCUACCUGGGCUGCAAUUCGUAAAGGGGCGCCGCGUUUUUAGCACGCUGGUUCCCUGCUAACAGCUUUUGCAGAAAACCCUAUUCCAGUUCUCAAUUUAGAUUCUAAUAGCCUUUGCAGACUUUAUAAUGGGUACUUUUUACUUAGUGUCAGUAAAUUGUUGAAAAAGAAGAGAUAGCUGUAGUAUUUUUUCAAUGUUAAUACUUAGAAUUGGGGAAUGCCCUCGAUGGUGGUGGUGUUACUUUCUAGUGCACUUUUCAUUGCCAAAUGGUAUCAGCUAGUUUCCUUUUUUUUUAAGAAAGGAAGUAUUGUACUGUAUGUAGUAUUCUUAAGAUCCUAAAAAUUACAGAGGCAUUAUAAAAUAGCUGUUAUCUGUAUUUGUCUUAAGAUCUGGCCAGACAGGAGAAAGAGUUAAUUUUCCUUUUUUAGAGAAUAUAAAAUUUACUUGUACUGUUAAUUUAGAUCAUAUCUAACUAUUCUACCAUAAUACAUCUAUACUGUGAAGUUCUUUUUUUUUUUUUAAAGCAUUUGUAAUAGGUAUUAUGAAGAAUUAUGAAUCAGACACCACUGUUUCUCUUAAGACAAUUUCAAUUGUGCUUUGGUUGCUUUGAAUGUGUUGUUUCCUCUGCCACACUUGGUUAAGUAAUUCUAUUUACAGACAAAUGUCAAAUCGAAUGAAAGUCCUUAAAAUGUAUUCAUCUGUUCAAGGAGUUAUGCCCACUUCCCAGACUGCAUUCACCAAGGUUGAUACUGAAAAUAAGAUUUUAUUCUGUGUAAUGUUUGACACAGAUGAGACUGUAGUUGUGCAAGUGAAAUUAUGCAAGAAUAAAUCCUGGUUUUUUAAAGCUUAA